UAACACUAGCGUGGAAGUGAACUCAUUCUUACGCUGGUUCCGCCACUGUUUAAGGGCUAUCAAUUGAAGCAAUAAUUAGUUAGGCUACUCGUGAGAAGAGGAGCGAAAAAUGCAUCUCUUCAAAUUUCUCCUGGUUUUACUUAUUCUUGGAAUAAGUCUCCCGGCCCUGGUCCAGUCCAAGGGGGCAGCCCACAAGGCUGAGAUUGAAGACAAUGAAUUUGCAGAGUUUGAAGACCUGGACGAAGAUGAGGAUGAAGACUUCAUCGCCGUGGAGACUGAAGAGGAAGAGGAGGAUGACAGGGAGUUUGAUGAUAUGAUGACUGAAGAUGGAGAGGAUGUCAUCGAUAGAGAUGAAUUUGGUGAUGAUGAGGAGGAGAUGCUGGAAGAUGAAGAUGAAUUUGACCACUUCCAGGAUACCGAAGAAUUUGAGAACUUUGAGGAGCGACCUGCCAAGGGAAAAGGGAAAGAGUCUCCUGAUCUUGAAAUCACCAAGGUCCCCCUUCAUCUGCGAAACAGCUGGGACAGCUAUUACUUGGAGCUGUUGAUGUUGGCUGGUGUAGCAGCUUACCUUCUAAACUACAUGAAUGGCAAGUCAAAGAACCAAAGACUUGCCACAGCUUGGCUCAACUGCCACAAGGAACUCCUGGAAGCCAACUUUGCUCUUGUGGGUGAUGAUGGCUCAAAGGAGAUUCCUACAUCUGUGAACCUGUUAAAGCAAAGCGAGAACAGAUACUGUCUCUGGUGUUCAGGGAGAGUGUUCUGUGAAGGAAUGCUUGUCGAACUAAAGUUUUUAAAGAGACAAGAUCUCCUUAGUGCAAUAUCACGCACCAUGCAUCCAGCGGCAGAUGAAAUAAAAGUGACGGUGACCUUGGAUUCUGAUGCUAUGGAUAGCUUUGUCCUGUUCUUCGGGAACAAGAAGAUCGCCAACCGCAUGCUGAAGGAGAUGCAGGAUCUGGGUCAAUAUUGUGGCGAUAAGAGGAGUGGUGAUAAAUACGGGUUACCUGCAAGCACAGUAGUACUAGCUGAAUUAGGAGAGGUUGUCAAUGGUGUUCUGGACACCAAGGUUCUGAACUGUUUGAACAGCCAUCCAGAAAUGUUUGAUUAUAUGCAUAUCUCGGACCAAUUUUCUGGCCCAAAACCUUCGGCUGAGGAUGAACAGCCAACUACGAUGCCUCCCACUGAAAAGGUGCUCAUUUGUAACUUCAAAGUCCCUGGUAAUGGACGAAGCGCUAAGAGCGACAUCGAAGACAUGCUCCCUAUGAUGAAGAUGGUCAUCUACCUUGUUGAUAAGAUCAAGAGGUUCCGUCUUUCUAAGGAGGGUAAGAUGAAAGCCGAGAGGAUCCGUGCCAAAGUUGCCGAAUCUUAUGUCAAGCUUGCCCACGCCCAGAGGCAGGAGCUUGCCCAGCAGCGUCGUGAAGACAAACGCCGCGCCGAGAAGGAACGUCUUCUCAAUGAGGAUGAUCCAGACAAGGCCCGUCGCCUUGAGGAUAAGCAAUACAAGAAGGACAUGCGUAAACGUAUGAACCCCAACAUGAAGCAGAUCAAGGUCCGAGGUACAUAGAUAGCUACCAGGAUCCCUCUCUCAACCCAAGACUUAAGCACCACAUCACCCAUCAAUACUCCUUCACAUCCACGUUUCUCUGAUACAAGUAGGCUUAGUGGAGCAUCUCAUGGAGCGUCCUUUCAAUGAUUUUCACUGAACUGUAACAAGAGUACCAAAAUGAAGACGUCACAAAAA